AUGGCGUCGCCGGCCGUCAGCCCCGACUCGUCCUCCCACGAAGGCCUUUCCUCCGUCAACUCAGCCCCGGCCUGCUCGCCCACUUCCGACUCGGAAAACCUCAGCCCGGAUGAACUGGAGCUGCUGGCGAAGCUGGAGGAGCAAAAUCGGCUCCUGGAGGCCGACUCCAAGUCGAUGCGCUCCAUGAACGGCUCCCGAAGGAACAGCGGCUCCUCCUUGGUCUCCAGCUCCUCGGCCUCCUCCAACCUCAGCCACCUCGAGGAGGACACCUGGAUCCUCUGGGGCCGCAUCGUCAACGAGUGGGACGAGUGGCGGAAGAAGAAGGAGAAGCUGCUGAAGGAGCUCAUCCGCAAAGGCAUCCCGCACCACUUCCGCGCCAUCGUCUGGCAGCUGCUCUGCAGUGCCACCGACAUGCCGGUCAAGAACCAAUACUCGGAGCUGCUCAAGAUGUCCUCUCCCUGCGAGAAGCUCAUCCGGCGGGAUAUCGCCCGCACCUACCCGGAGCACGAGUUCUUCAAGGGGCAGGACAGCCUGGGCCAGGAGGUGCUCUUCAACGUCAUGAAGGCCUAUUCGCUGGUGGACCGGGAGGUCGGAUACUGCCAGGGUAGCGCCUUCAUCGUGGGACUGCUGCUCAUGCAGGUGCGUAACCAUCCCAGGGCGAGGAGGAGCUGCGUCUUCGUGAGGCUGAUGCAGGAAUACCGCUUACGGGAGCUCUUCAAACCCAGCAUGGCCGAGCUGGGCCUCUGCAUCUACCAGUUCGAGUACAUGCUGCAG